UUUCCGGUGGUGGUCUCCUGGAGGGGCGGGGAAAAGGGCGUGAAGCUGUUUUAGGUGAACCCCUGGCUCCUCACCCUGCAACGCCGCACCACUGCAGUAACCCCAAGAUGAUGGGUUAUGGGGAGUCAGAGGUGGAGACCGUGGAAGGCGAAGAAGCCGUGGCGGCUCCCGGACCACCCCCAGAACCCCGAGCCCCAGAACCCCGAGCUCCAGUGCCCGAGCCCGGCCUAGACCUGAGCCUGAGCCCGCAGCCCGAGAGCCCAGAGCUGCGGAACAGCAGCCCUGGGCGGAGGAAGGGGCGAGCGGAGCGGCGGGGCGGGACCCGGAGGGGGCGGCAGGUCCGUUUCCACCUAGCGCCGCGCUCCCCUGUCCGGCCCGAGCCACUGCCGGCGGCCGCUGCCCUGAGUGAUCAGCUCGCGGAGCCGCAGGAGCUGGAGACGCCCGCGCAGCAGAGCAGCUUGGCCUUGAGCCUCGAGCUGCAAGCCGCGCGGGCCGCAGCCGCGGGCCAGUUUGAUGCGGCGAAGGCCGUGGAGGAGCAGCUGAGAAAGUCGUUCCAGACCCGCUGCGGCCUGGAGGAGAGCGUGACCGAGGGACUGAACGUGCCGCGCUCUAAGCGGCUCUUCCGGGACCUGGUGAGCCUGCAGGUGCCGGAGGAACAGGUUCUGAAUGCCGCGCUGCGGGAGAAGUUGGCGCUGCUGCCUCCGCCGCAGCUCCGAGCUCCGCCCCCCAAGGAGCCAUCUGGACCGGGGCCAGACAUGACCAUCCUGUGCGAUCCAGGCACGCUAUGUUACGAAACACCUCACCUGAUCCUGGAUGGGCUGCCCCCUCUCCGGCUUCAGCCCCGGCACCGCCCUUCGGAGGAUACUUUCCUUAUGCAUCGGACACUGAGGCGGUGGGAAGCGUAGACCUCAGAGCUCUCUGGAUUGCUAGUUUACAUUUGUAUGUUAAAACUGUUUUUCAAAAUAAAGUGGU